CGGCGCGAACCACUCUUAGACAGCGGACGACGGGAGCGCGCAGGAAACACGUGCUACCGACUCCUAUCUCACAAAUCAUGGACUUGCUUAUAUUCAGGCGGCGCCGCAUUUCAAGUGUCGCUGCUUGACCUCCAUUGACGCCUUGAGGGGCAUGCUGAGCAGCACCAGGAACAUCUACAAUCAGAUAUUUGCGGCUCCUGGGAAUUUACUGUUGAAAAAAGCACAAGGAGAGAAGCGGGACAAGGUAGAAGAGGAGUGUGGAAAGAUCGACGAUAUGUUGCUCAUUGAACCGCGAAAGCGCAGCCACGCGACCUUCAACCACGAUCAUGCAACGAGCCAUCCCGCAAGCUGGCAGUCAGAUGCAAAGGAGAUGUCAGCCAGUGUCCAAACCUCUUCCACAGAUGCAGUACACUUGAGCCUGUCGACUUCGACUGCGCGCGCGGACCACACCAGCUUCUCCAAAUCCUCAGUCGCGACCCUGAACCUAGAGCAGCUACAACAGCUCAGUGCGCUCGUCGAGGACAGGAUCCAGAUCAAGAAACGUUACAACAACACUCCGCUUCGCCGCAUCAUCGCUCGUCAGGUGUCAGGCAAUGCUUUCCAGGAGACAUCGAGGCCGGCGUCAGACACUUUCAGUCAGACCGACACACUCGUCAAUACCGAGGCCCAGGAGAUUGUCAGAGAGCCGCUGGAGGUCAGGAGGGCAAGGUUCAACAGCACACCUCUACGUCGCAUUUUGUCUCGACAGGUCUCCACUGAGACGAAGCGCGAUGUUUCGAGCAGCGCCUCUCUGUCCAAGAGCUACGAGCCUGAGCCGCUGGAGGUGCGCAAAGCGAGAUACAACAACACUCCUCUCCGCCGCAUCGUCUCACGACAAGCAUCUUCCGAGCAAGCCCAGUCUACAGAAACAUCUGACGACCGUUCGAAUUCUCCAGUAUCCUCGCGCUCGUAUGUUCCAACGCCAGUGCCGCGCAGUAACACGCCCCUGCGCCGCAUCCUCUCGCGGCAAGCAUCUGUCCAGACAGCUCCUCAGAAAGAUGACGACUCGGUAUUUGAGCGUGCAGAUUCCGUCAUCGACGCCGAGUCGCCUGUGCGGUCGCGACGUACUGCCUCACCUGCCCCACAUUCGCCUACGAUCUCGUUGAACUGCGAUUCCAGGAUCAGAGCAUACGAAGAAGCACUCUGGAAGAAGCCAACGGGUCAGAAUGCAAGUGUGCAUCUCAAUUCCGAAUCGAGGAUUCGCGCGUAUGAAGAAGCGUUGUGGGCGAAAACAGCACCACCUCGUCGUUCAGGAGCAGAAGAGAAGGACACUCAAGCAACCACCAUCACUGUUACCGAGGUAGCAGCGGAAGCGAAGAAGCCGACGCGCGUAGUCGUGGAUUCGAAGGGAAGUCCGUUGAGAAGGAUUCUGCAGAGGCAGACCAGUAGAGACUGGAGGGCGCCGGCGACGGUGCGUGUUGUGUAAGCUGUCUGUUUGUAUCUUUCAACGUCGUGUUUGUGUAUCCUUGUCCAUUCGUAGUCCUGAAUUCGAGUGAGGCGAAACGUGUCCGUAGAAUCACAUCUGUUAUACCUCAAUGUUGCGGAUUUGCGAUCGCUUAGUACUCCUUGGAGCCUCGUUUGGGGGUUUUGGAAACUACAUCUGCCAGCAGAUUUGUGUGGGUGGUGAUAGGUCUUUGCG